AGUCCUGUCACAGCGGUGUGGGGCGCCUUUUCUCUAUGCUUGCGCUCUGGGAGUACUAACUGUUUUCCGAAAACAACCAGCUUCUACAAUAACAAGUCCUCUUUUUUUUUUUCUUUAUUGUGACUUGCUCUUUUUUUCUCCGACCUUAUAGAAAGACUACAACAUACAGUGGAAGUAUCGUGGAAAUAAUAAGAUUCACAGACAGCUGCUGCUGAACCUGUUCCAACCCUGGAAGCUUACCUGUCUGUGGGAUUGCUGCCGUCAGCAGACUCCUUCAAAGCUUUAAGGCCUGGGGAAAGUUAAUGAGAAGAUUCGAUCAGCUGACACCCCCCACCUCACUCCUCCUCAACCCUUUCUUCCGACUAUUAUCUUCCUCCAAUGUCAGCGUUGACUUGUGCACUUAACUGGAAGUUUGCUGAAGACUGAGCCUUCUUGGAGGGGGAUCCUCUAAAGGAGGGUUUUGUGUUUGACGGCCCACCGACCUCGCUACGUUCGUCCUUCACGCAGCAAGAGAGAUUGUUACUUUGGAGAAGUAGGAGGAGCAGAGAUUGUUGGAUCGUAGGACGUGACAAAACUGUGCGUCGGGGGAGUCUGGUGUUGACCAUGUGUUUCCAGUAAGGUCUCCUCUUUUGCCAACAUGAGGCUGACGUCCGGAUCGCCUCGACCCGUCCUGCCAGCCUUUCUGGCUCUCACCUUAGCCGCCUUUUUACCUCAGCUGUCCUCAGGAGCUGCACCAUUUCCCCAAGACCUAGAACCAAUCAGCAUUGUGGGCAGAGAAACCUCGUACCUCUACCCCAGCUUCCAGGGGCUCAUGUCAGACAAUGACACCAUCCGCCUGGGCCUGGACUUCCAGAGGAUGCUGAGGAUCAACCACAUGCUUUACAUUGCAGCUAGGGACCAUGUUUUUGCAAUCAAUCUCGGCACCUCGUCUGAGCAGAUCAUCCCGCAGCAGAAACUUACUUGGAAGACGAAGGAUGUGGCGAAGUGCACCGUGAGAGGGAAGAACAGCGAUGAAUGUUACAACUACAUUAAAGUGCUGGUGCCACGCAACGAUGAGACUCUGUUUGCCUGUGGCACCAACGCCUUCAAUCCCACCUGCCGUAACUAUAAGAUGUCAACGCUGGAGCAGGAAGGCGAGGAGGUGGUUGGACAGGCCCGAUGUCCCUUUGAGUCCCGCCAGUCUAAUGUCGGCCUUUUUGCAGGUGGUGACUUCUACUCUGCAACAAUGACUGACUUCUUGGCGAGCGAUGCUGUCAUUUAUAGAAGUCUGGGAGAAAGCAGUCCUGUUCUGCGUACAGUCAAGUAUGACUCCAAGUGGCUCAGAGAACCCCAUUUUCUCCACGCUAUUGAAUAUGGGAACUACGUGUACUUUUUCUUCAGCGAGAUUGCAGUGGAGUACACCACCCUCGGCAAGGUUGUUUUCUCCAGGGUUGCCCGAGUUUGUAAGAAUGACAACGGGGGUUCCCCGAGGGUCCUGGAACGCUACUGGACAUCUUUCCUGAAAGCCCGGCUGAACUGCUCUGUACCGGGAGACUCUUUCUUUUACUUCGAUGUUCUGCAGUCACUGACCAAUGUCCUCCAGAUAAACCACCGGCCUGCUGUCCUUGGAGUUUUCACCACACAGGCAAACAGCAUCACCGGCUCAGCAGUGUGCGGUUUUUAUAUGGACGACAUAGAGAAGGCCUUUAAUGGGAAAUUUAAGGAGCAGAGAAACAGUGAGUCAGCAUGGACACCUGUUCUGGAAGAACAAGUACCAAAGCCGAGGCCAGGCAGCUGUGCCGGCGAAGGCUCUGCGGCCACCUUCAAGUCCUCCACCACCUUCCCAGACGAGACCCUGACUUUCAUCAAGUCUUAUCCGCUUAUGGACGAGUCUGUCCCCUCAGUCAAUGACAGACCCUUCUUUACCCGCACCACCAGCAGGUUUAAGUUGACCCAGAUAGCUGUCGAUACAUCGGCUGGACCCUUUAAGAACUACACGGUGGUGUUCCUGGGCUCGGAUAACGGUCACGUCCUCAAGAUCCUGGCCAGCUCAGAGGGAGCCAACGCUUCCUUCAACACCCAUCUCCUCGAAGACAUCGACGUCUACAACCCAAACAAGUGCAAUGUGCAAGGAGAGGACAGGAGGGUUCUGGGUCUGGAGUUGGACCGGGAUCACCACGCUCUUUUCGUGGCGUUCUCCAGCUGCGUGAUACGGGUUCCACUCAGCCGCUGCUCUGAAUACACAAACUGCAAGAAAAGCUGUUUGUCGUCACGGGACCCUUACUGCAUUUGGCUCAAGUCAGGCAGCUGUGUCACGGUCUCACCAGGACUUAAAAGCGGAUUUGAACAGGAUGUGGAGAACGGCUACCAUCAGCAUCCCGAUACCUGUCACGACAUCUUGGCGACCACACGCAAGCACAAUCCAGCUCUCGAUUCAGCUUAUGGGAAGACCACACCCACAAGCGCCACCACCACCCAUCUUGGGGCGGCAUUCCCAAAGGAGGCAGGUGACUCUGAAAGAGGUACAGGUCCUGAUCGCCUUCCCCCUGUGGGGGAACAAGGGUCACCUGACUCAGAGCCAAUCAGUGUGGAGAUGGAGGGUGUGAGAAGACCCCCAGAGCUGGACAGAACCAAUCACAGCGUCCAUUACACCCUUCUGAUAGCAUGCGUUUUGGUGGCUUUUGUCCUCGGGGCUUUUGUCUCUGGGUUCCUGGUCUCAUGCUACUGUAACCACACAAGUCACAAGACCAAAAAGUUGUCAAAAGAUCCAGAGGCCCCGAUCCCACAUGCUCUGUCACUCCGAAGUCUGGCAAAGCUUAAUGGUCUCCUGGAUAGCCAGAGUAAAGAAGACAAGAUGGAGGUGUCAUCUCCAAAGAUCUACAAUUCUUUAUUUACCAACGGUAAGGAGCAUCACCCAGUAAGGAGAUUCGGCCAUCCUGGAAUGACAAUGGGAGACCUUGUCCAUCCUCACCACGCUCACCUUCACCCUUCCUCAGAGCUAUCUGGUUUACCUACACCAGAUUCAACUCCUGAACUGCCCAUUAAGAGCAUGAAAGCCUUUAAGAACCAAUGGGAAAAGAACCAGAACUGCAACAAUGCCAAGGAACCAAAGUCUCACAACAUAAGCUCAAGACCCAGUUCUGCCCUGCUUCCCCAGCAGGUCUUCUCUUACUCCCAUGGCCUGCCCAAUGGACAUCCAGCAAUGGGUCAUAUGCACCCUGAGGAACGCAAAAUCCACAAUGUUGAGCGCGUUUUAGCUCAGCCUUACCCCAACUAUCCUCAGAAGGUAAUGGAGGUUACAUCACUGGAUGAACUCCUAAAACACAUCCAUGAUCCAAACAGCAGCAAGACCUCUCAGUUAAUGAGUCCUUCAAGUCUAUUGGCCAGCGGAGGUGGAGGACAGCUUGUCUUUGCCAACCGAAUUCAACCUCAUAUUCCUGAAACGGAAUCGGCCCCCUAUUACAGCUCAUCCACCCUACCCCGGGACAGUCUUACACGUCGAAUGGAUGUUCCUCCGGACAUCCCCUCACACCAUCAGUCUACCUUGGAGAGGAGGCACUCCUCUCAGCGGCACUCACUAAUUUCUGCGGCUACCAAGAUGUCCGGAGCAGGUGCAGUAGGCGGAGGAGGAAUGAUUCCCCGCCAGCACAGUUUCAGCCAACGAAGUGGUGGACCUCAACAGCCGCCACCGCUAUUGGCUCGAAUGAACUCUACAGGUAGCGCCUGUGAGGUUCACUAUCCUCUCAUCCCAAAUGGGUACCUGGCACGUCAGCAUAGCUAUACUGGUGAACAGCAUGACAUCCAGCACCGAGGUGCGAUCGUCCGCCGGUCAUCCUCUCUCAAACCGGAUGUCCCUCCGAAACCGCUAUUCAUACCUGCCACUUCCCCUGUCAAUGAACAAGGCAAGUACAACUACUGAGAAGGGACCUUCCAAGACUACAGUACAGGACCCUGUUCUCUAUAUGCCAUCUGUGAGAAACUUUCCUUUAAAGGAAAUGCUCUGGGUUUGAGGUGACAGACCCUGACCAAACAACACAAUAAAUUGUGUGGUAGCAAGUCUCACUGUGGACAAAAGCCUCAACCAAACUUAUUUCUGCUUUUUCUUUUGUUUUGUCCAACAAAUAUCUUUGUACCAUAUUGGUAUUGUUCAGCUUCUUGCUUAUUAUAGAACUGCCAACCCAGGUGACAUGAUGCCACCUUGUUAAAUUAGGCUGCCAAUGUCCUCAAUGUGGAUUUACAAUGCAAUUCAGCGUUUGGACAAGUUGAUGUUGGACGAACCUUGAAACAUCGCUCAUCCUCAAGACUUAAAAGCCAGACGCUCCUGCAGUGCUUCAGAUCAUGCUUUUGCUUAACAUUUUUUGAUGUAGUGUUUGUAUCCUCUCCCCUUCCACCCUAUUCAAGAAUGUGUUUAUAUUAUGCAUGUGUGUGUAUAUACAGUAUAUGUGUGUUUAUAUCCACACUGUAUAUGUAUACAUAUACAUAUGCAGUACUGGUAACCUGUGGUGAAAAGUUAAGCAAUUUCCCCUAAGGUAUGUUUGUCUUUGCCUUACUUGUACACUCUCAUGUUUGGGCAUACCAAACCCUCUCACCUAGAAAUAGGAGAAACCAAACCAUGCAGAUACCAAAUUUGACAGUUGGCUGAAGAAACUUUGUUCAUGUUGAUACAAAGAAA